CCCAGGUAAAAUAUCACAUCUGGAAAUGUGAUUUAUCGUUGCAUUCAGGUGUGGAAAAAUGCAAUGUAAUGUAAAUACGGUGUUCUACAAACCAGUAGAAAAGAUAGCGGAGGUGAGAUCUGGAUACCUGUACAAAUCUCCUCCCCAAAAACUGCUGAAGACAGAGAAAUCAUGGAAGAAGCGUUACUUUGUGCUUUUCAAAAUCAGUGAACAAGAAUACCUACUGAAAUACUUCAGGAGUCCAGAUGAUAGGGACAGUCCGCUUGGAGGGAUAGACUUAUCACAGAUAUCGCUGUUAUCUGUUUCCCCUCAAAACCACCAGAGAUGGGCAUGGGUCCAGAAAAGCUUCAAGUGUGCUCCAUCAUGUGUGCUCUUUAUCAGGGCAGCUGGCCGGGAAUACUUCCUUGUCGGGGAGACAAGUGAGGAAGUGGACGGCUGGUUCUCUGACCUGUUUGAGGCCCUGAAGAAUCGGCCACAUAAAUGUCAGAAUUCUGAGGAACUGUCAAAUGUGAAUCAAACCAUAGAGGUUAUUUCAAAACCCUUUAUGCGGCAAAAGGGUUCUGCCACAGUGCCUGAACAGUCAAUGCAGAAAAUUCGGUCCCUGUCUGAUCCACCGUCCUAUGCUUUGGAUAAUGGCACUGCAGAAUCAGAGACUGAAGAAAAUAUCAGAAGACCUACAUCAGAGCCUAAUCCAAUCUAUGACAAUCCCAGAGCCUACUUAGCACCAUCAGCAGCGUACUAUGGCACCACCCGUCGCAAAAGCGUGGACUCAGUAUAUGUGUUGAUGGCGGAAUUAAGACAAGCACAAGUGGCAGCGGACGGUGAAGUUGAGCAAGUGACCGGAGGCACCCUGAUGAGGUCUGUCACGCAAGUCUUUGACAAGCUGAAGACUCGGAUUUCCCCACUUCAGACAGACUCUAAGGACAGAGGUAAAAACACACGUCCACUGUCAGAUCUCAGCACCAGUUCCAGUGACAACGGUGCCAUCUCUCCUGACGAUAUGCUUGAUGCACCAAUUGUGCCAACACUGAAAAAAAGAAGCUCUUCUGAAAGGCUGACAUAUUUUCUUCUGGAUAAUAGAAGCUUUGACACCAUCCCCCCGGAGGAGAGAGACCUCGAGAUCAAGCAGGGAGAUUUGAAAAAGCACCUGACACUAACAGAUGUGGAUGGGAAACCAAGCGUGUCUGCGUGGACAGGCCAGCCACAGACUGUGUGCCUCUUUCACAAAGGAGACGAAAUUCUGGCAAUCAAUGACUUGCACUGCGCCACCGUGGACGAGUUCAACAUGUUCCUCAGCAAGUCUCUCAAGAAUGAGGUGAAAGUGACAAUCCUGCGCCGGCCUGGAUGCCCACCGCUGCAUUCACCAAACGGCCACUGCAUCGACUGAAUGCAAACUAAACAUGAGAGUUACUUCCACAAUAUGUUGGUUUGUACCAUGUAUUGACUCCCUUACAAACGGACAGUACUUUCCCCGGGAUGUAGGCAGUUCAUAUUGAUCUAUCACUCUAAGGUUUACCGGAUUCAAACGUCUAGAGGAAGUUACAAUGAUUUCCAAAUCUCAUGACUCACGUUAUAUCAGGACAGAUCAAAAACAUUUAGUUGCCAAUGACUUGCAGUUUUAGCAGAGAUUGACCUUUAAUAAUGUUAUUAUUAUGUAUCGUAGUGACUGUAGAUAAGCUGUACGGGGAAGGAAACAAAGAAAAGGGUUUUACUGAAACAUUUCCUCAUACCGCCUUUGUGAUACUACAAAAAGAACAUUCUCACAAGGCCUAGACCCAAGAAACACAAAUGUCUUUUUUUUAAUACAAGGCAUAAUGUGUAGAAAAUUGUAUAUGCACUUUAUAAGAAAGCUAUUUUUUUUAUAAUUAACCUCUAUCCAAGAAGAGAGGAAGUGACUUAAAGUGAUUUGAAGAACAUGAAGAUUAUGUAAGGCUUAAGAAAAGAUGCUCUGAAUCAACAUUUAUGAUCCAAAUGAAUUAAUUAAAUAUAUAUAUAUAAUGUAAAGUUGAAGUGAAUUUUAAAGCUUUAUUUUAAUCUCUGUAACAUUGUUGUUGUGCGAAUGUCAUCACUGAGCAAUGCUGGGUAAAUUCCAAUUUGCUCAGUGGGUGGCACCUGUGAUGAAAUUCGAUUGUAAUCUAAUGCAUGACGGAUACAUUGUUUGUUUGUGUGGCUACAUAAAGUAAGGCUUACUUGCAUAUUAUUCCUUUCCUAUUCAUAUAUGUCUGCUUUGAAAGUAAUGAGGAGCGGAUGAAUGACGAAACAGAUCACAGAACCAGUAUUUCAUGCCGUCCACCACACCUUAGGGUGAGUCUUGUGAAUUAAUAUGCAAAGGGAAUAGCGUUGCUCAUCUGGCCGUUUCAUCCCUUUCUCUCCGAUUUAAAGCUGAAGACACUUUGCUGGAUUGUAAUUUUAAUAUAGUUUGGGAAGAUGUUUUCUUAUCCUUUUUAAAUUAUGUCUGGUGACCAAUGCCUCUCCGCGUCAGACAACAUCAGAUGGAACUUAUCUGCAAGGCUGGUUCACUUGAAGUGCUACCAUCCAGUCCGAGCUUUAUAACUGUUAUCAUCAAAUACAAAACCAUCUUACACUGUUAAUAUUCUAAUGGCAUUUUAUACGCCUUAUCAAGAUGACUGUUUUAAGUUUAAAUGGAGCUUAUUAUCCGAGAUGAGACAUUACUGUACUUUAAAUACUCUGUUAUAAAUAAAUCCAUCCUCUCAGAGGGUGCAGCAAAUCAGUGUUGAAUGAAUGUUUUAAUUGUAUUUGAAUAUAAAACUAA